AUGAAGCACUCUGAGACAAUAGCACCAAGGUCCGAACACGACGAUUCAUUCCCGAUGGAUGCUUCGAAUGCCUCAUAUAAAAAGGAGCCGCUCACUGGUAGCAAGUACUCUUCUGCUUCCGACAUCGAAAAGCCAUCGCCGCAUCUCCCCACAACAGUCGACCUAGCACCUCUCAACAUCGAGGUCACUUAUCCCGAGGGUGGCCGCGACGCCUGGUUCGUCGUGCUGGGUGCGUGGUGUGGCUUGACCUCAUCACUGGGUAUCUACAACACAUCUGGUGUUUUCGAGGUUGUUAUAUCCAAAGUGAUAUUACCAGAAGCUUCAUCAUCUACUCUUGGCUGGAUAUUCUCAUUCUACGCCUUCGUAAACUGGGUCUGUGGAGUACAAAUUGGACCGACGUUUGAUGCAAUGGGCCCGCGUGCGCUGCUUAUUGCGGGGACGAUCUGCACGCUGAUUGGCAUUUUCACACUCAGUGUCUCUACGGAAUACUACCAGAUCUUCUUGUCAUUCUCCAUCAUGACCGGUAUCGGCUCAUCCCUUCUCCUGACCCCAUCGAUGGGAUGUGUCGCCCAUUGGUUUAUGGAGCGUCGCGGUCUUUCUAGUGGAAUAGCGUUCAUAGGAGGUGGUUUCGGUGGGGUUCUCUUUCCCCUGAUGAUACAAUCCCUCCUCCCUCAGGUUGGCUGGGGAUGGUCGAUCCGGAUCCUCGGGUUUGUGCUGUUUGUACUAAGCACUAUCAGCGUGGCAUUCUGCCGAAGUAGAAUCCCUCCGCGCAAAGGAGCAGAAACAACCUGGCGAGAUACAUUGCCAGACUAUAAAAUAUUCAUGGACGGAACAGGAGCCAUGGCACUCACAACCGCCGGAGUCCUUUUGACGGAUUUGGCGUACUUCGUCCCGAUUACGUACACACCACGUUACUAUAUCGAUCGACAGCAUCUGCCAGACGAGGAGGCCCUGAUGGGGUCGUCGGCGUUUGCAUAUCAGCUUCUCGCAAUUCUCAAUGCUGCCUCAUGUGUUGGCCGAUACGUGGCGGGCCACAUGGCGGAUCGAUUUGGCAGAUACAAUACCAUGAUUGUCUCCUUGUUUUUCUGCACAGUAUCUGUUCUAGGUUUCUGGCUACCCGAUAUCCUCGCACCAGACCUCGAUUCCUACGCACUACUGGUAGUCUUUAUACUACUAUUCGGGUUUUGCAGUGGUUCAAAUGUUAGUCUGACACCAAUAUGCCUUGGUCAGCUUUGCGAAACUCAAGAAUAUGGACGAUAUUAUGCGAGCUGCUUUACGGUAGUAUCUUUUGGGGUACUCGCAAGUAUCCCAAUUGCCGGGGGUCUUCUCGAUGCGGUGGGGGGUAAAGGAAAAGAAAAGUAUUGGGCAGUCGCUCUUUUUGCUGGACUCAAUUACGUGAUCGCUUUGUUAUCUUUUCUCUGGGUCAGGAUUAAAGUAAAGGGGAGGGAUUGGAGGGUAAAGUGGUAG